UUUGUCCUUGCAACCAGGCAGGUGAACUUGAGAACUUCAAUGAUGGUGCUCGACAAUAAAGUCCUAGCUGCCUCUGACCCAAAGCCUGAGGAGCCAGAGGAAGAUGAGGAAGAGGAGCUAGAGGAUCCACAAGACACACUGAAGGAAGAAUGCAGGGAGAAAGCAGAGUGUCAGAAAUUACGGGCCGUUUUAGAGGAGUGUAAUGACAGAGUAAACAGUAAAUCCAAGACCUCAGAAACCUGUGAUCAGGAGCUGUAUGAUUUUGUACACUGCGUGGAUCAUUGUGUUGCCAAAUCAUUAUUCUCCAGACUAAAAUAAUGGUGGUUAGUUAUCUAGAUGAAAAAAAAUAUACAGUUUGUGUGGAGUAGCUGCAAGCCCUGCAUUAGCACCAAGGACUUCUGUCACAGUUUGUGGUUUUUCGUCACAUGACACAGUAUACCAGUAUACCCUAGAGUGAAAAUUGUUUUGCCAAUACUAUCAUUCAGUUUGUAUUCACUUGUAGUUGAUAUUCACAUGAUGGAUUAGCUGUGUCAGCUGCUUUAAAUCACAUAAUAAAGCCAAUUUAUAUUGAA